AUGUGCCUUUUAUGCAACAAAGUUUUGGGCAAUGACGCUAUGAAACCAUCUAAACUGCAAGAUCAUCUGAGAAGAUGCCACCCUGAUAAAACAGAGAAAGAUUUGAAAUACUUUCAAACACUCAAAGAUAAAUUUCAGACGAGACCUACACUGGACAGAAUGUUCGCUUCGACGUCACAAAGAAUUGAUGAUGGUUUGCGGGCGUCUUACAAUAUCUCGUUACUUAUAGCAAAAUCCGGAAAACCGCAUACUAUCGGAGAGAAGUUAAUUUUGCCAGCCGUUGAAGAGGUUUUAAAAACUGUUUUACACAAACCUGCAUCUGAUAUCAUUAAAAGAAUUCCCUUAAGCAACAAUACUGUUGAAAGACGUAUUGAUGAAAUGAGUUCUGAUAUUGAAAGCUUCUUAUGUAAUUAUUUGCAAACGACCCAUUUCUCUAUACAACUGUACGAGUCAACUUUCCCUGAUAAUGCAGCAUAA